ACUGUUUCUCAAAUUUUCUUGCAAAAAUGGCAGGUCGUGGAAAGGGCUUGAAGGGGCUUGGAAAGGGAGGAGCAAAGAGACACAGGAUGAUUCUCCGCGACAACAUCCGCGGAAUCACGAAGCCAGCCAUUCGUAGAUUGGCGAGAAGAGGAGGCGUCAAGAGGAUAAGCGGUUUGAUCUACGAAGAAAGUAGAGGAGUUCUCAGGUUGUUUUUAGAAAAAGUCAUUCGCGACGCUGUUGCGUAUACCGAGCACGCAAGGAGGAAGACUGUCACUGCCAUGGAUGUUGUGUAUGCUCUUAAAAGACAAGGAAAAACUCUAUAUGGUUUCGGAGUUUGAAGAAUAUGUACUCUAUUAUUUAUCAUUAUAUAGUUUCUUUUCUUGUUUUAGUAUCUAAGUUGUGUGUAAUUUGUAUUUCUCUUUCUGCAUAUUUUCAAGAAUGUUUAUUUGCAAGUAUUAGUUGGUGAUUAUUCUUUAAUCACCACCUAUUCUGU